CUAGAACUCGGCACUCAUACCUGAUGCUCUAGAAGUCGUCGGCUGCGCCCGAGCCGAAGCGGAGGGAGACUCAGCCCAUCUGUGACAAAGGGCAUGACCUCACACAUGAGCCCUCCCUGACAUAUGAUACCUUACCGUUUCAAGCCUUUAAUGACGCUUAGAGUUGCUCUGCCCUCGUCGGAAAGACGUGCGCUGGAUGCCACUGACGACUCGUCAGAAUUCUGCGUGCGUAACACGUGUCAACGUGCAUUCAGGAGAGGCCCUAUUGAAUUAGCUGCCGCUUACGAUAUAUGGUAUUGCUUCCUUAAGAUGUGUCUUGACCGCAUUCAGUAUCACACUGAGGGAUGACGCCAGCGCCUGAGAAGACACAGGCAGAUGACAAAUGUAGCCCAGCAAUUACGCGCUUUUCUCCGUUGACUGCCUACCUCCUUGUCGGGUUUGGCAGCAGCCGAAGAAUUGCGAAUCGCUAAAAAGAAAGAGGGGGAAAUACUGGCUGGCAUGAAAGGGGCCGAUCAAAAGACACUUACUUACCCUGCAUGAGGGAAGAGGUGGUCGCCUUGAUGGUUGACCCUUCUCUGACAGAGACGAAUGCUGACGGUGUGUAGCUGGGAGACGGUGGCUUGACAUUUGGGGAUGAUUGAGGGUCCUUCUCUUGUCCCGACGAUGCUUCCCCGUCAGACCCGUUUUGGCCAUAGAAAAGGUCCGUUAUGUUGCCUGUAAUAGACAGACGGACAGUCAAAACAGUCAGUCAAAGCCAGAAGCAUCGCUUACCUUGGUCGUCUGUCUCGUUCGCCAAUCGAUGGAUGAAUGACAAUCGGUGGACGAUGAUCGGCGGACGGAUGACGUCUCCGUCUUUCAUUCCGCCCGGGGGAUGCUCCACGAUUCUUCUCUUGCGACUUUCUAUCUCUGUAAAAUGUCAUGAAGCAGGAGUACGCACCUCAUUUCCGUGUGCGUAUUCUGCGGACCCUGAUGCAGAAGAGCAGUACAGAACUGCUCAAAGUCGUCUCGAUCGAGGCCCUAAAUGUCAGGACACAGUCCAUCUAUUUGCUCGCGCCGAGUGGUGGAUUGCCUGUCGGCACCUCAUAUCAACGUCGCUGGUAUUUCAUCCUCAGUCACGUGAGCGAUUGGGACCGGGUGGUUCAUCAAGAAUAUCAACACAUCUUUGGUAAUCCUCUUUGGCCAAUGCUGGUCGAACCACUUGACGCCACGCGCGCGGAGCGCCUCAGCGACUGGCCUCUUCACUUCUGCAGCGGACAAAACACAAUUCGGUUGCUGUUACGUCAGUGUGUUGGCCGUGUGUGCCGACCUCUCCAAUGGAUCGGCAUCCCUUCGACUUUCAUCUCUUGGUGCUUAAUGGGAAGCUUACGGACUCCCAUCGUGGGCUCGUACAUCGGCCGACCUAUAGUGAUGAAGACACAUGCCAGCUGCUCAUUGGGCCGCCAUUCAAAUGCACGUGUGCCCACCUCUGACGAGAAUAUCGAGCUGGGUGCGAUAAUCAAAAAGUGUCAUGACCUGAAGAGAGACAGACAGACAAACAAAACCGAGUUGCACAUCAACGAGACACACUCUGUGUUCUCUAUCCUACGAGGUCCUUGGGGAAGAGUGCAGGUGUCAGCUUGGGCUGCGGCUGCGUCGGCGGAUGCGCACGGAAAAGAUCCGUCGUCUUGUUGAGCCAGCCGAUCAGUGUCUGUAUCAGAAUGGGCACGCAGAUGUAAAGAUAUGUUCUUUUCUGGCCAUCAUGCACCACUGCACCUCUCGGUCGAGCCUCCUCUUGGCCUUAUCAUUCGCCCUUUGGUCAAACCAUUCCUGGAUCAUCUUCUUAAUCGUCAAUACCUCACAAUGCUGCAAAUCUGUCCAUUCCAUACACACACACACACACACACACACACAAGAGACCUUUCGUGAGCUGUGCCCUGCGACGGAAUACUUACGUGCAAGGGGUGGUUUGUCCUUGUGAACGAUGACAGGAGCAGGAAAUGGCUGCAAUAGUGGUACCGGACGGGGGUAUGGUGUACUCAGUGGCUCCUCCGCCUCCUCGGCACUCUGUUCUGUCGUCUCGUCUUCACUCUGCUCUGUCGUUUCGUCUGCAUUCUGAGUCUCCUCUGUCUCCUCAUCUGUCGUCUCCUCACCACUUUCCUCUGAUGUCUCUUCAGCACUUUCCGAACCACUUUCCUCUGUCUCGGUCUUCUCUUCAGCACCUUCCGAACCACUUUCCUCUGCUGUCUCUUCCGCACUUUCCGAAUCACUUACCUCUGCUGUCUCUUCGGCGCUUUCUUUUGCCGUGUUCUCAGCUGAAAGGUCCGACUGGACGGGCUCGUGCUCUUCUGUCUUCUUCUGCACCGCACCUGGUCCCUGGCCAAGCCUGUGAGUCUCGUGGACGAUCACGUGCUGCUGCUGCACCACAGGGACGCUGUGCAUCUGUCUGACGACCGUGUGUUUCUGGAUGAUAUGUCCGAUUGGCUGGUACACACGCACACACACAUCCAUCCACGCAUCGAGAGUCAUAUGCGUCCACCCACCUGCGGCACAGGCGGCAUGACGCGGCGCCUGAUCAAUGUGCCAGGGUCGUCAGUCUCAGCCGUGUCUACUGAGGAGAAGGCGUCCUCCGCUGUGGAAUUGGAUAAGCCAUCAGGGCCGCCGAGAUCCACCGCACCCAAUGGCAU